GUUCGGCGCGCACUGUGUAUCGUGCCGCGGUAUUUAUUUUCAGUUGUUUUGAAAGCGCGACGCAGUCAAGUUGGCCGCGACGACGUUCGUGAGCGCGAGCGAAGCAGGCCAUGGUUUGAAUCGAGUCGCCGCACUACAGCACACACAGUGGCCGAUUUCGUAUGGAAAGUUUCGGAACGGAAAAUGUGAUUUCCGGUGUCGUGCGCGAUCCAAAAUUUCCGUAAAAUUUCCAAGUUUUUUUUUUGUGUGUUUGUUUUGUUCGUUUCCUGUGUUGGGACUCAAGGGACAGCGAAACCUUGUGGAUGAUCGCUCUUUGAGAUUCCGGGACGAAGAACUGCUCGCCGACCAAGUGGAUCUGUUUGCCGUCAGAUUCCGCGAGGAGAUGAACCUGGAGAGUAACCGUCAAUCGUUGUGUCGUUGUCUCCCGGAAGAGAAAGGGCAGCAAGGCCCGUCGUUGCGCUCAAGACGGCGUCGUCAAACUUCGUCCAGAAGAAAAACCGGAAGAGGCUGAAGCUGCAGCUGUUCCGGACCAGUGGCGUGGACACGUACAAGGAUCAGUGGCCGUUGUCGAAACAGCGAAAACGAGAGGGCGUUCUGGGGAAGGUCAGCGGCGUAGCGGUGACGUUAAAACAGUGGUGGCGCGAUGUGGGGCUGUGCCCCAGGGCGGCCCCCUCGACGGUAGGCGGCCCCCUCGCCGCGAGGCAUCGCUGCUGUCACACAAAGAGGGGGUCCAACCGAUCCAUGGGACAGUCCUUCAGCAUGUGUAAGCUGAAUCAUUGCCGACACAAGAAAAGCUUGCAUUUACGCAGUAGUGGCGACGACUGUCGGAUGCCGGCAGAGGGGGGUGUCCCCAGCUCGGAGUCUGCACACCGAGAUCGACUCCAAAGACACAGCAACCAUGCCGGACAUGGGGGCCACUGUUACGAUCCAGAAUAUGCACGGAUGGAAUCGUGGCUCGACGAACAUCCCGAUUUCGUCCAGGACUAUUUUCUCAGGAAAGCCACCAGGCAAGUGGUGGAUUCGUGGUUGGUUUCGCACGCGACGCCGACGUCGUCCAGCGUCGAACUGGCGUCACCCACACAUAACCAAUCCAGGGCCGGAUCGGGCGCCACGACGCCCGUCAGGAAGAUUUCGGCGCACGAGUUCGAGAGGGGCGGACUCCUCAAACCGAUGAUUAGUACCAUCGAUGGGCAACCCACGUUCCUGACGGGCUCGGCGGAAAAUCAAGUCACGGGAGGACCCAACAGUCCCACGCCUGGAAGGAGGCAGAGGCGGUCCAGGCACGAAUUGAGGCAUUUAGAUGAGAAAGAACUGAUUUUUGAGUUGGUGAAAGACAUCUGCAACGAGCUCGAGGUGCGGUCUUUGUGCCACAAGAUCCUCCAGAACGUAUCCACGCUGCUGCACGCCGACCGAGGCUCCCUUUUUCUCGUUCAGGGCGAGAAAGGUGGCGGAUGCACGCCGUUACCUCCCGGACAGACGCCUCGCGGCAGGUGUCUCGUUUCCAAGCUGUUCGACGUCUGCUCGAGGAGUACUCUCACCGAGAUGGAGAAGAAGGAGGAAAUCAGGAUACCGUGGGGCACGGGCAUUGUCGGGUACGUCGCCGAGAGCGGGGAACCAGUUAACAUACCGGACGCCUACCAGGAUGACAGGUUUAACCACGAUAUCGAUACUCUGACGGGGUAUAGAACGAAGACUUUGCUGUGCAUGCCCAUCAAGGAUACCAAUGGGGACGUCAUCGGGGUGGCUCAAGUGAUUAACAAGGUAGGCGACCAACCCUUCACCAAGCUCGACGAAGAAGUCUUCGCCAGCUACCUCCAGUUCUGCGGCAUCGGUCUCCGCAACGCGCACCUCUACGAGAAAUCUCAGUUGGAGGUGAAACGCAACCAGGUGCUGUUGGACCUGGCCCGCAUGAUCUUCGAAGAGCAGAGCACGAUAGAGCAUGUAGUAUUCAGGAUACUAACCCACACGCAGAGCCUGAUUCAGUGCCAACGGGUGCAGGUCCUCCUGGUCCAUCAAGGUUCGAAAAUCAGCUUCUCUCGAGUGUUUGAUUUCGAGGCCGCUGAUCUGAAUGGGGAAGAAGGCGAAUCUAGGACAAGCCCCUUCGAAAGUCGCUUCCCCAUCAACGUGGGAAUCACAGGAUACGUGGCCACCACAGGCGAGACCGUAAACAUCGCGGUAGCUGAGGAAGACGAACGUUUCGACCCCAGUGUGGACGACGGCACCUGUUUCAAGCACAAAACCAUCCUAUGCAUGCCCAUCAAGAAUUCCACCGGACAAAUAAUCGGUGUCAUUCAGUUGAUCAACAAGUUCAAUGAUCUACCGUUUACGAAAAACGAUGAGAAUUUUGUUGAAGCUUUCGCUAUCUUCUGCGGGAUGGGAAUCCACAAUACACACAUGUAUGAAAAAGCUGUGGUUGCUAUAGCGAAGCAAAGCGUUACGUUGGAGGUGUUGUCGUACCAUGCUACGGCCACUAUGGACGAUGCGCAAAGGUUAAGGAGUUUACGGGUACCAUCGGCGGCUCAUUUCCGGCUGCACGAUUUAGAUUUCGAUGACAUCAACAUGAACGAUGACGAAACUCUCACUGCCUGUGUUAGAAUGUUCCUCGAUUUGGAUCUAGUCGAACGUUUCCAUAUGGAUUACGAAGUCUUGUGUAGGUGGUUGUUGUCAGUGAAGAAGAAUUACAGGAAUGUCACUUAUCAUAACUGGCGACAUGCCUUUAAUGUCGCACAGAUGAUGUUCUCGAUAUUGACGGCGACGCAAUGGUGGAACGUCUUCGGCGAGAUCGAAUGUCUGGCGUUAAUGAUCGCCUGCCUAUGUCACGAUCUGGACCAUCGCGGAACCAACAACUCGUUUCAAAUCAAGGCGUCUUCUCCCCUGGCACAGCUGUACUCGACCUCCACAAUGGAACAUCACCAUUUCGAUCAGUGCAUAAUGAUCCUCAACUCCCCUGGCAACCAGUUAUUGUCGAAUAUUUCGUCCGAAGAGUAUUCCAGGGUGAUCAGGGUGCUCGAAGAGGCGAUUCUGUCGACCGAUUUGGCGGUGUACUUCAGGAAAAGGGGGGCGUUUUUCAGCGUGAUCAGGGACAGGCCGUGCUGGAGUCUGGACGAGCAUCGAGAACUGUUGAGAGCGAUGUUGAUGACAGUUUGUGAUUUAGCGGCCAUCACGAAACCGUGGGAGGUCGAGAAGAGGGUGGCAGAGUUGGUCUCGUCGGAAUUCUUUGAACAGGGUGAUAUAGAAAGGGAGGAACUCAAUAUAACUCCUAUCGACAUAAUGAACAGGGAAAAAGAGGACCAAUUACCUUUAAUGCAAGUAGGAUUCAUCGAUUCGAUUUGUUUACCAAUUUAUGAGGCAUUCGCAAGACUCUCCCCUCAUCUGGAACCGUUGGUGGAGGGCGUGAACAAGAACAGGGUGAAAUGGCUAGAGAUAGCAGCAGCACAAAGUCUUAUUCCUCCUGAAGGCGAACGAGAUUCCAACGAUAAUCUCUCCAAACCUAAUACACCAGAAUCGAAUCCUAACGCGUCCCAAAUUACCGACUAGUAUAUGAAAUGUAGUUAUUGUAAAUAAUUCCUGAAGACUAUUUAUUGUUCUAGUAUAAUUUUAAAGACUUAAAUGACACUGACCACAAUUCUAGAGCUGCGGUGUUGAAAAAUGUUAUUUUUUUAAAGUAUUGUCAGACAACAUUUCAAAGGCUCUAACUCUUCCCUCCCGUGUAUUUCAUAGUGGUUAUUAAUUUAUUAUGUUUGUUCCCACGAAAAUACGAAAAUUUGAAUUUAAUUAUUUUUUAAUUUAUUUGUGAGUAUUGUUUGUUUAGGUUUAAGAGAGCUCUCUUUUGUAAGUUUUUAGUUUAGCUAUUCGUAGUCACUUCUUGUGAUAUUUUUAGUGGGCUCUACGAAAUCAUGUUAGUAGAGGACCGUAUUUUAAUAUGGUAUUACAUUGUAUGAGGAAAACUAUUUAUGCCAAAGUGUAUUUUUUAAUCAAAUUGUAAUAGUUAAGUUGAUAAAAGAUGCAAUUAAUUUUUUAGUGUGUUGUCAAACAUCUACUUGUUUUAUUAUCCUUUCGUUGUUGUGUUGCGUCAAAUUAUUUUCAAAUUUUUGAAUAAAUAAGUGUACAUUCAAUGUAAAAAAUAAUUACAAUAAUAACAAAUUAAUAUAAUAUAUAUUUAUCAAAUA